AUGGAUAUUCCUUCACUGGUGUUCCUGAGUUUUAAUCAGGAGGACACAGGUAGGACUUUUAGCAUAAGAGCAGUCUUCUACGAAGUGGAUCCGGGGGAUUUGACUGGAAAAUUCGGCGAGGAGCUGAGGAGGCAUGAAGAGAGAGAAACUCCGGAGACAGUGAAUCGCUGGAGGACUGCAUUGAAGCGAUUGGAGGCGGGCACCGAAUCUAGAUUUUGUUCGCGGGAUUGGGUGGAUGACUCCAAGAUGCUCGAUGAUCUAAUCCUCAGCCUUUCUACUUUACCUGCUAACUAUACCGGGCCGGAGAAAAAACAAGCAAUAGACAUUGACCUCGAACCGACCGAGUUAAUAUUGACGAGCUAUCCUACUUUACCUGCUAACUAUAGCGGUCCGGAGAAAAAACACGCAAUAGACAUUGACCUUGAACUAACCGAGUUAAUAUUAACUAGCGAUACCCAUUUGAAGCACUUACCCCAAAAAAGUCUGCCUGUGUCAGAAGAGCGCCAAAACACGUCUUUUUCAGACUAUGAUUCGUUGGAUAAAUCUCCUUCUCCCGCAUCUGACGACUCAGACGUUCUUGUUGGCAUGCAUCGUCACAAGAUAGCUGUCUAUGACUUGCUGGAUUUGGAGACUAUGAUGAACAAUGUCCGCACAGUUGGCAUUUGUGGUGAAAGUGGCGUCGGUAAAACGACACUCGCGGAAUGUGUUUUCAACGACAUCUCACCUCGCUUUCAACACUACUGCUUCCUAAGCAGUGUCAAUAACAUCUACCGAAACCGAAUCUCACCAAGUUUGCUACAACAUCUUACAAGAAAAAAGAGAUCCGAUAACAUCUUUGAUUCCAUCAAACCAUUUCUUGUCGACCGAAACGUCCUUCUUGUUAUCGAUGGUGCUCAUGAUACUGCUGACCAUAUGCAACUUAAGGAUGCCAUGAAGGACGGGAAGCAUCACAUGAUAGCAGUAGCCUCCGGAUAG